AGAAACCAAAAAUAGAGAAACCAAAAAUAGAGAAACCAAAAAUAGAGAAACCAAAAAUAGAGAAACUAAAAAUAAGCUUACUUCAAAAUAUUGAGCACCCAGUUUCCUUAAAUGUGCUUAUUCAUCCAUAG